AUGAGGCUCAGCAAACUGCUCAGCGUCCCCUUGGCGCUAUUCUUGGGCUCCCCUUUGGCGUUCUGCGGGAGCAAUGAAGAUGGACUCACGAUCGACACCAAAACCGGGAUUUACACGGGCCUCCUUGACCCAGAAUUUCCUAAUGUCCGCCAGUUCAGGGGUAUUCCGUUCGCCAAACCCCCUACUGGAAAGCGGCGAUGGCUCCCACCAGAGCCAGUUGAGGCGUCAUCUCAAAGGUUCAACGCACACACUUUCCCAUCGUCAUGCUCACAGUACCUUUCCAAAGGCUUGAACCUCUGGAACUCCAACAUCACCAACUUCUACAUCAACCUAAACGGCCAAGACCGAACAAUGGGAGCCAUGGCACAAACCUCUUCCGAAGACUGCCUCUACCUCGCCAUCUGGACACCCCUCAACGCGACCCUCCACUCCAACUUACCCGUGGCCCUAUUCAUGCCAGGCGGUUCCUUCAUCACCGGCGGUGUAGACGUCCCAUACCAACAACCAACCCCCUGGAUCCAACGCUCCCAGCGGCACAUCUUCGUCUCAGCCAACUACCGCAUCAACGUAGCCGGUUUUCCCUGGGCCGCCGGCCUCGACGUCCAAAACGUCGGCAUUCUCGACCAACGAGUGGCACUUGAAUGGGUACACGCCAACAUCGCUUCCUUCGGUGGUGAUCCAUCCCGCAUCACCGUCUGGGGCCAGUCCGCUGGUGGCGUCGCCGUCGACAUGGCCGCUCACGCAUUCCACGACAACCCUCUCGCAGCCGCGCUGAUCCUGCAGUCCGGCACGGCUGCUGUAAAGAUCGUCCGCUCUGACGACGCCCAUGCUAACUUCACCUUUGUCGCGCGCCAUCUCGGGUGUGAUUUCCCGUCUGACCCGGUCGCAGAGCUGGAUUGUAUGCGUCUGGUACCGAUGUCGUUGAUCCAGGAUUUCAUGGGCGGUUACUACGAUAACUGGCUCAACUCACCUAUCCUCCCACUGUUCAAAGUCCUCCCCGAUGAGCGCCUGGUAUUCUCCAACUACACUGACCGUGCGGUGCGCGGCCUCGUACCGCAGAUCCCCGUGCUUGUAAGCACCACGGCCAACGAACAGUCUAGUUUGACAGCUUACCCCGUCAACCACCUCGACGCGGGACCGGACCAAGCACGCGUGGAUCGUGAAACAAUCGCCAUGUUUGCCUGCAUGGUCAGCAACACCACUACCGCGCGGGCUUACAAUUCUCGAGUAUCACCCGUGCCAACAUACCGGUAUCAAUACGCCGGCAACUUCAGCAGUAUUACCCCCUACAGCUGGAUGGGCGCGUACCACGCUAGUGACAUCCCCAUGGUGUUUGGAACGUAUGCGACGCUCGGGGAACAGGGGAAGGUGACGGCGUUUCAGCGGGAGGUUGCAGAGACGAUGCAGGAUUAUUUUCUGGCGUUUUUGGAGGACCCGUGGGGUCGUGGGGAAACUGGAGGGCUUAGGAGGUUUGGCUGGCUGCCGUGGGGUGAAGGGGGUGGGAGGAAUAUGAUGAGAUUUGGAGGAAGGGAUGGGGUUGUGGUGAGGAAUGUGAGUGCUGGAGAGGUGGAUGAUGCUUGUGUACUGGGGACGAAGUACGAUUCGAGCCCUUAG